AUGAUUCCUCCAAUUCCGAUCCCGGCAGAGUACGGCAUCUCCCCAGACUCUGGGUUCCUUCCGAACGAACCGCCACUUGAUCAUCUACCUGAUCCAUAUUACUUCAAGUGGGAAUGGAUCGUGGCGAACAUCCAAGCCCUUCUGCUGAGCAGGAGAAUGAGGGGUGUUGUUGAUAACAUGCCUAUACUUUCCACAUCAUACCUCCAAACGGAACCUGAGUGGAGAAGGGCCUACUCUAUCUUGGGAUUCAUCCUUCACGGUUAUGUAUGGGGUGGCUCUAGGCCAGAAGAGAGAAUCCCGCCUCAGCUGACCAUUCCCCUCUUCGAAGUGUGCGAUCACCUUGAUUUACCUCCCGUUGCCACUUACGCUGGCUUAGUUCUCUGGAACUUCAGGCCCAUCUUCACCGACGAGCCUAUGGACGAUUUGGAUAACCUCGCUUGUAUUAACACAAUCACUGGAACUUUGGACGAACAAUGGUUCUAUCUCGUCUCCGUCGCUAUUGAAGCCCGCGGUGGCCCGGCCAUUUCGCUCGUCCUGCAAGCAAUCGCCGCUGCUCGUGUUGGAAACAGCGCCGUGGUGACAGAAUACCUGCAGGCCCUUGCAGAGAUGAUAGAUGAGAUUGGCGCUCUGCUUGAAAGAAUGUAUGAGCACAAUGACCCAUAUGUGUUCUAUAACAAAAUCCGGCCGUACCUGGCCGGAAGCAAGAACAUGGGCGAUGCUGGUCUUCCAAACGGUUUGCUUUAUGAUGACGGCAAGAAACCAGAGUAUCGGCAGUAUGGCGGCGGGAGCAACGCUCAGAGUUCACUGAUUCAGUUCCUUGACAUCGCCCUGGGAAUUGAACACCGACCCACAGGGGAGACACGCGGUAGUUCGUCCGGAAAGGACGGAGUUGCAGGAGGCCCGCGACACGGGUUCAUCCAGGAGAUGCGUUCUUACAUGCCAGGUUCCCACCGAAAGUUCCUUGAACAUAUGGGUGCUGUCGCAAAUAUCCGCGAGUACGUUGAGGCUCGUCGCAAGGACAAACCACUCUGCCUUGCUUACGAUGCAUGCUUGGCAAUGCUGCAAUCAAUGCGAACGAAGCAUAUCCAGAUGGUUUCGCGGUACAUUAUCAUCCCAUCGCAAAAUGCACGAGAGAAGCCCUCACGCUCAGCAAGCCUCAACCUCGCCACUGCCCGGCAAGGCGAGAAACUGGACGGCAGCAAACUUCGUGGCACAGGCGGCACCGCACUGAUCCCGUUCCUCAAGCAGGCUCGAAACGAGACGGGUGAGCCAAUGAUUGACGCGUGGGCACGCCGGUUGCUGACGACAGGGUCUGUGGAACCCAGCUGGGCCUCGCUGAGCAAACUCGGUGAGCAACCCGAUGGAGAUUUGAAAGUGGUUGGCCUGGCUGGUACAUGGACUGCGGCUGACAGUGAAGGGGGGAUUUGCCAUUGGUAG